AUGGUCAAGCUUCAAACCAUCCAGGCCCACAAUGCUGCUCUCAACUCCAAAUUCCCAAGCCUUGUUGCAGUCUUUGUUGGCGGUACCUCUGGUAUAGCUCUUUCCACCGCGCUCGCGCUCGCUCGUCACACGCAGUCGCCCAACAUCUACCUUGUCGGCCGCAGCCAACCAGCCGCGGAUGCGGCCAUUGCCACCAUGAAGAGCAUCAACCCCUCUGCCCGAGCUACCUUUGUCCAAUCCGACAUUUCUAUUCUUCGAAACGUCGACACUGUAUGCGAAACCAUUGCGCAAAAGGAAAAGAAGCUGAACCUGUUAUUCAUGACACCUGGAUACAUGACGCUCAAGGGCUGGGACGAGACCGCAGACGGCCUGGACCGCAAAUUUGUUCUGCACUUUUACGCGCGAAUGCGCUUCGUAGUCAACCUGCUCCCCCUCCUGACCGCGGCCGCGCAGGAUACCGACGCGACAGCGAGGCUCUCCCGCGUCGUUUCCGUGCUGGAUCCGCACGUGUCCGUCCGCGCCGGCGGUGCUGGCAAACUAGACUUUUCCGACCUCAGCCUCAAAAACUCCUUUACCCUCAAUAAGUGCGGUGCCCACGCCAGCUUGAUGGGCGACUUCUUCCUCGAAGGCAUGGCGCAGCGGCACCCGCAGACUUCCUUUGUGCAUGCAUACCCGUCGGGUGUCAAUACGGGCCUGCUGCGGGAGCUGCCAGCCGGGCGCGUGGUCUCGGCCGUACUGGGCACCAUACUGAGCCCCUUUAUGGUACCGAUAGAAGAGAGCGGUGAGAGACAUUUAUUUGCAGCGACGACGGACAGGUUUCCACCGAAAGCUGCAGGAAGCGCGACGCAGCAAGGCGAUGUCGCGGUCGGGAGCAACGGUGUUAAAGGAAGCGGUUGCUACUGGUCGAACUGGGACGGAGAGGUUUUCCCCGAGAACAAGAAGCUGAGUAGAACAAGGGAGGAGGGUGCCGUGGACAAGGUCAUUCAGCACACGGAAGAGGUCUACGCCCGGUGUACGGGAAGCUGA